AUGGAGCCCUUAUUCUCUGGCAUCUCCAACAACGCCCAUCACCUCUACUCACUACUCUCCUGCAUUGGCUUCGCGCCCAAAGCCACCGUCCAAAUCACCCCCGAUGGUCUCCGCUUCUCAGUAGAAGAAGGCCGCGUGAUCCAAGGACUAGCCUUCCUGGACAAAUCCCUCUUCACAAGCUACACAUUCAAUGCGCCUUCAGACACAGAAGCAGACACCAAUGAAUCCUCCCAAAAUGUGACCUACCCCCACUUCGCUGUGUCAAUCGCAGCCCUCCUCGAAACACUCAAAAUCUUCGGCAUAAACGAAAUCACAGAACCAAAUCGCGAAAAAAGUAUCACACAGUUCUCAGGCGCCUUCAACGCCCCAGCCCUCCUAAUGGACCGCUCCUGCACACUCCAAUACGCCCAACACGGCAGCCCACUCAGCAUAACAAUAACAGAAGCAGGCGUGAAAACAACCUGCGAACUAGUAACCUACGAACCAGAAGAAGACGAAUCGGACAUCCCCCUCCAACGCGAAGCAAUAAUAAUGAAAAUAAUCAUGCGCUCCGCCUGGCUCCACAACGCAAUCGCCGAACUAGACUCCUCCUCGCCAACAAUCCUCAAAAUAUCCGCCUGCGCAAAGUCAGAACCAUACUUCGCGCUUUCCGGCGCAGGAGGCCCAUUCAGCGAAUCAACUGUUGAAUUCUCCGUCGACACCCAAAACGAAAUAACAAACGGCGGCGGUGGCACUACCCAGAAUACCACAGCCCCCUCCCAAAAGAUCCUAACAGACGACGGAUCCUCACGCGCACGCGCAACACGCGCAAAACUCGCGCCGACUGUCACAGAGACAUUCCUCGUAUCGCCGCCGAGCUCAAUGGGCGAGCGAAUCCGGCAGAAUUACCGAUUCGCACUUGUUCGGAAGGCAGCGCGUGCGAUGUCUGUUGCGAAUAAGGUUAGUAUUCGCGGGGAUCGGCAGGGGGUGCUUAGUUUGCAGUUUAUGGUUGAGUUGGAAGAUGGAAAUGGGGGUGUAGGGAGGCCUGUUGGUGCUGGGGUUCGGGGGCCCAGCGGACCUGUUUGUUUUGUUGAUUUUCGGUUUGUGCCAUUGCUUGAUGAGGAGGAGGUUGAGAUGUCUUUGGAUGCUGCUGUUGAGUAG